UCAAAAGCAAACAGAAGAACUUCAAACCACCACCGUAUCAAUCAAAAUCCCCCACACCCCGCCCUCAGGAUCAUUAUCCUCCACCGUCGCCAGCCACUCCUUGACCGACUGCACCGCCUCAGGCGUGGGGCCCCCCUGCCCCCCGCCGCAGUCGACCAUCUCCAGCCCACGGGUAUCCGCGUCCGCGUCCGCGUUCACCAGGCCGUUCACCUCCCCACCACCACCACCACCGCCGGGGAUUGUAUAGUAAUCCGACUCCAGCAGCUCAGUGUAGAAGCGCACCUGGUCGGCCCAGAAGAUGGCGCCGCCGAACCGCCGCGCCCCCGGGUAGGGCCAGCGGUCGCGCAGCAGGCGCAUCCGGCAGUGGAGCUCGGUCCGGGCGCGCGCCCAGCCUUCCGCGGAAUGCAGCGCGGUGGUCGGGGCGGGGCGCACGAUCAGCCGGAUGAUGGUCUUGCGGGGCCAGGCGUCGAGGAAGGGCCGCCACUCCGGGUAGCAGGCCAUCUCCAGGUUCUGCAUGCUGGCGGCGCUGCUGGUGCUGGUGCUCCAGGGGGGUAAGGUGGACAUUCUGGGGGUUCGG